AUGUCUAACCAAAAUGAAAGCUAUCUCACUCGACGCACUCCUGCUGAGAGAGAGAUGACAAACUCUCUUGCCAUCUUGCAUCGUGACAUGACCACUGUCAUGAAAGACGUUGCUGAUAUCAAAGCAAAAACUUCAAACACUCCUGUGUCUGCUGUUUUGCAGAGUCAGCCGAUGGCUUUAGUGCAUGCUGUUGCUCCUGUGAGCAUGGAAAUGAAUGUAGCUGGUUCUCCCACCAUGGCUUCUGAUGCAAAAUCAGUCAACAAAACAAAAGCCUAUGUAUGUAUCAUACAUAUAUUCAAGUCAAAUCAUUUGGCUGAAAUUCAAGCCAACAAUGGCAAGCCAAGGUGGAACACGGCUGUCAACUUCAACCAGUCGCCAAACACUGAGCUGACAGAAAACCUCGUUGCCUACUUGGAAAGAAAUUUAGUAGGAGCAGGACUGAGAAAAAGUGAUGUUUGUGACUUUGUCUACACGAACUUCACUAGCAGAAAGCGUGCAGCUAAUAAGUCUCAGGCUAAAAAGAAGUCAGACAAUGCUCGCAACAGAAGGAGUAGCCGCGAAAAGGAGCACUUGAAACGUCGCAAAACAGCGUACCAGUCUAACAAGCACUGCAAAAACAGAUCAAUUUCGCAUAUGUAA